AUGAGUCCGGUCGAGAGUGUACCAGUUGCUGUAUUGAAUUGCAUUGAUGACUAUGUGGAAUUACUUUACGAUGAUAUACCAGAAAAAAUUAAAGGAUCUGCUUUGAUACUGCAACUUGCUAGAAAUCCUGAUAAUUUGAUAGAGCUGGCUCGAAAUGAGGCAUUACUUAGUGCUCUUUCAAGAGUUCUAAGGGAAGAAUGGAAAAGGAGCAUUGAACUCAGCACAAAUAUAGUCUACACUUUCUUUUGUUUUUCAACAUAUAAUGAAUUUCAUCCAGUUAUUAUUCAAUAUAAAAUUGGAUCUUUAUGUAUGGAUGUUAUUGACUAUGAACUAAAAAGAUAUGAUCAAUGGAAAGAGAAAGUUGAAGGAAAAAAACAAGUGGUUACACCUGAUAAGAGUGAGCUACCAAAAAGUCGCAUUCCAGAACCAAAACGUCGUCCAAAAUCAGGCACUUGGGCUGUUGCUGAUGUAAAUAUGCAGAAAUCUAGAUCUUUAGUAUCUAGCUACCAUGAAGACCUUUGCAGUGCCUCUGAUGAAUUUUUAUCUAAGAGUGAUGAAGAACAAAUGAAGCGCAAAUUGAAAACACUGUCAAAGCGCCAAGAGCAGCUGUUAAGAGUAGCUUUCUACAUGUUACUGAACAUAGCAGAUAAUGUUAAAGUUGAAGAAAAAAUGCACAAGAAAGAUAUUGUUGGACUACUUAUCGGCGCCAUGGAGCGACAUUCGAACAUAGAUCUCCUUAUACUUAUAGUAUCAUUUCUACAAAAACUUUCCAUUUUCGUUGAAAAUAAAACAAGUAUGGCCUCUAGAGGAAUUGUCGAAAAAUUGGCACCAUUGUUGGAUUCAUCUAAUGCUGAUUUAGUUAAUGUCACCUUAAAACUUUUGUUCAAUUUAACUUUUGAUACUAAAUUGCGUAACAAAAUGAUAAAAUUAGGCCUACUACCAAAAUUCAUACAAUUUACAAGUGACGACAAACACAUUAAUUUGGCAAUGAAAAUUCUAUACCAUUUGAGUAUGGAUGACAGAGUAAAAUUGAUGUUUACACAAUCAGACUGUGUUAAACUGCUGACAGAUAUGUUGCUGCUGAACGUGAACGGAGAGAGCGGCAAUAGCAGCGGCAGCGCGGGCACCACGGACGUGUUGCUGGCGCUGUGCAUCAACCUCGCGUGGUGCGAGCGCGCCGCCAACCAGAUGGCCGCCGAGGGCCGUCUGCGUGACCUGCUCGCACGUGCCUUUCGGCAUCGUAACGCUAUGCUUAUGAAGCUUGUGCGAAACUUAUCUCAUCACACUCAGAAUAAAGGCCUAUUUGUUGAGUUUGUUGGCGAUAUCGCAGGAGCUGUCACUAAUAGUGAUGCUAGUGAAGAUUUCAUCAUCGAAUGUUUAGGAACCCUGAACAAUAUUCUAAAUACCAACAACAAUAUUGAUAUUUACGCAGUCGUCGAACGAUACAAUUUAAUCCCUCGCAUUAUGAAAAUUUUAGAUCCAGAGAACGCGGCGGACGCGGAGCUGGUGGUGGAGGGCGUGGUGGCGGCGGGCGCGCUCAGCGCGGACGAGCGCGCGGCCGCCGCCCUGCUGCGCGCGGGCGCGGCGCAGGCGCUCGUGGCCCUGCUGCGCCUGCGCCAGGCCGACGACGACCACGUGCUGCAGACAGUGUUCGCCUUCCGCCAGCUACUCUCGCACCCGCGCGCCGCUGACUACCUCGUCUCGCGCACAGAAGCUCCAGCGUAUCUUAUUGAUCUGAUGCAAGAUAAGAAUGCGGAGAUAAGGAAAAUGUGCGACAAUUGCCUUGACAUAAUUUCUCAGAUGCAAAAUGAAUGGGCAGUCAGAAUAAAGGUGGAAAGAUUCCGUUGCCACAACGGCCAAUGGCUGUCCGUUGUCGAGACACUUGGCGCUGAAGGUGGCACUGGAGAUGCGGCUGAUGACUUGCCACCAUAUUUGUCUGCCGAGUACCUAACCACUCAUCGUCUUACUACUUCCGAUUCCCAAACAUCGUUAAAUGACGACUCUGACAGCUUUUCUGGUGAAGUUAGCCUGGAUCGCGUCAACAGCAGGAAUAAUCUCGACGAUCGAGCAGACGAUUUUUAUGGUGGAACUGACACAUCGUCAUUAGUGAAGUCGACUGAGAAAGAUGCGUUCUCAAAGGAUGUUGAUAUUCUUGCUUAA